AUGACUAGCCUAACGUUAGCUUUAACCGGAAAUCAUGGAUACUCUACAAACUUUACGGAUAUGAGUCCAUUUUUUCUCGCUCAUGGGCCAUCAUUUCUGGUCAAUAAAACUAUACCACUGGUUCAUGCAGUGGAUGUCUACUCUCUUUUGUCCGGUCUGCUCGGGAUAUUCCCUCACGUUCACCAAGGCAACCUAACGCGUAUUGCCAAUCAGUUACUAAAACCGGAUGUGGCGGAGCGUGUGGUCCAUACACCAUUCUGGUUUCCGCGUUGGUGGGCCUGGUUGAUGUGGCAAUUGCAAACGUUCUGGAUUCUGAUGGGAUUCUCCUUGUGGAUUGUUCUACUCGCCUUACUGGUCGCCUCAGUCCAUGUGCAACGUCGUGAAGUACGAAUGACCUUCGGUAGUAGACGGCUCACGGUAGACUUGCGCCUACCCCAAGUAACCACUUGGGACUUCAUCGUUGCUGAUGUUCCAUUCCCUAUUCUUGGAAUGGAUUUCCUCCAGCAUUUCGGUCUACCUGUUGACACUCGCCGCCAUCUUUUGACUGGCCUGGACUGUAAUUUCACUGUCCAUGGUCAAGGAACUACCUUAACUGCCAUUAGCCUCAUUUUUCGCAAGCUCCCUUAUGGUGAGUUGCUGUCCGCCUAUCCCGCUAUCACCCAAUCUUCCGAUAUUCUUCCCUCCGUUACGACGCCAGUCACGUACUCCAUUCGCACGUCCGGGCCUCCAGUCUUCUCACGUGCUCGUCGUCUCGCGCCGGAUAAACUCCGUGUCGCGAAGGCAGAAUUUGACCGGCUCCUCAAAGCCGGAAACAUUCGGCCAUCCGACAGCAGCUGGGCUUCGCCCCUUCACAUGAUCCCCAAAAAGGAAUCGGCAGAUUGGCGUCCGUAUGGUGAUUAUCACGCUCCUAACAGGGUUACCACCCAUGAUUGCUAA